GUCCACUGCUUUCAUCUACGUAUUUGACAUCAUUACAUAUUUAUUAAAACUUUCUUUUGAAGGGGGGAUAACAUUAGGAGGCAUAUUGAUUGUGUCUGCUGUAGAUAAGAGUACUGGAAAAGAGAACAAGAUCACUAUUACAAAUGAUAAAGGAAGGUUGUCCAAGGAAGAAAUCGAAAGGAUGGUCAAAGAUGCUGAAAGGUACAAGGAUGGCGAUGACAAGCAAAAGAGUAGAAUUGCAGCCAAGAAUUCUUUAGAAAGCUAUGCUUUCAAUAUCAAAUCUACUAUUAAAGACGAUAAGCUCAAGGAUAAAAUCUCUGAAGAUGAUCGUAGAAAGGUUCUUGAUAAAGUAAAUGAUACAUUGAAAUGGUUAGACAGUAACCAGUUAGCUGAGAAAGAAGAAUUUGAUGACAAGCAAAAAGAACUUGAAAGUAUCUGCAAUCCAAUUAUCACAAAACUGUUCCAGUCUGCAGGUGGUGCACCUGGUGGAAUGCCUGGCGGAUUCCCUGGAGCUGGUGCAGCUCCUGGUGGUGGUAGUACGGAAGUUAAUGUUAUCCCCCCUUCAAAAGAAAGAUACGUAGAUGAAAGCAGUGGACCUCCCAACAGCUUACGAUACUGUGUAGAUAACCGAGAAGACCGUAGUGGCUUGAAGAUGGCAGAGUGGAGAGCAUGA